CGUGCAGCAUACUCUUCCAUGUUACAAGAAGGCGACGUUCCUGGAACAGCGUCUCGUCUGGUUUCCGCUAGAUAUCCUGGAGGCGGAAGAGGUGAAGGAAAAUGAACUCGAACAAGUAGUAGCCACGACACCAACACUGAGAUCUAACCACGAGCAAUGCGGAGAUGAAGGUUUUUUAC